AUGGCAGGAAUCUUCGAGCAGUCACGCAGCGGGGGCACUCUGUUCCUUGGAGGCCAGAAAAUCAGCGGCCAGGACAUUCGCGACCAGAACGUCCUUGCAACAACAGCCAUUGCCAAUGUCGUCAAGUCGUCCUUUGGGCCUUCGGGUCUCGACAAGAUGAUGGUCGACGACAUUGGCGAUGUCACAGUCACCAACGACGGCGCCACCAUCCUCAGUCUGCUCGAUAUCGAGCACCCCGCAGGCAAAAUCCUCGUCGACCUCGCACAGCAGCAGGACAAGGAGGUUGGAGAUGGCACAACUUCGGUCGUCAUAAUAGCAGCUGAGCUGCUGCGGAGAGCCAACGAGCUCAUGAAGAACAAGAUUCACCCCACCACAAUCAUUACAGGCUACCGGUUGGCUCUGAGGGAGGCUGUCAAGUAUAUGAACGAGAACAUUAGCACAAAGGUUGAUGCUCUGGGCCGGGACUCGCUGGUCAACAUUGCAAAGACAUCCAUGUCCAGCAAGAUCAUUGGCUCCGACUCUGACUUCUUCGCCAACAUGGUCGUAGACGCCAUGACCGCUGUCAAGAUGACAAACAACAAGAACGAGGUCAAAUACCCGGUAAAGGCUGUCAACAUCCUCAAGGCACAUGGUCAAAGCGCUACCCAGUCGAUACUCGUCAAAGGCUAUGCCCUCAACUGCACAGUCGCCUCGCAAGCUAUGAAGACACGCAUCACCGACGCCAAGAUUGCCUGUCUAGAUAUCAACCUGCAGAAGGAGCGAAUGAAGCUGGGCGUACACAUCACCAUUGACGAUCCGGAACAGCUGGAGAAGAUCCGCGAGCGCGAGGCUGGCAUUGUUACUGAACGUAUUGAAAUGAUCCUGAAGGCCGGUGCCAACGUCAUCUUGACCACAAAGGGAAUCGAUGACCUCUGCCUAAAGCACUUUGUCGAAAAGGGCGCCAUGGCGGUGCGAAGGUGUAAGAAGGAAGAUCUACGAAGGAUAGCAAAGGCCACUGGAGCUACCCUAGUCAGCACACUCUCCGACUUGAACGGCGAUGAGAAGUUUGAGGCAGCCAACUUGGGUUACGCAGAGGAGGUAUCACAAGAGCGCAUCUCAGACGACGAGUGUAUCCUUGUCAAGGGCACCAAGGCUUUCUCCUCUGCAUCCAUCAUCCUGCGAGGAGCAAAUGACUAUGCCCUUGAUGAGAUGGAGCGAUCAGUACACGACUCGUUGUCUGCCGUCAAGCGCACGCUGGAGAGUGGACGUAUUGUCCCAGGUGGUGGCGCCGUUGAGACUGCGCUGCACAUCUACCUGGAAGAGUGGGCAACGUCAGUGGGCUCUCGUGAGCAGCUUGCGAUAGCUGCCUUUGCACAGUCUCUACUCGCCAUCCCGAAGACUCUGGCAAUCAACGCAGCCAAGGAUGCCACUGAGCUUGUUGCUAACCUACGAUCGCGACAUGCUCUUUCACAACGUACAGUCAACCCAGCUGACCCCUCAUCGCAAGAUGCCAAGCAGCUUGCAAAGUCCAAGAACUACAAGAACUACGGUUUGGAUCUUACCAACGGCAAGGUACACGACACCCUCAAGGCUGGUGUGCUGGAACCCAGCAUGAGCAAAGUCAAGCAGUUGAAGUCGGCAGUGGAGGCGUGUGUUGCUAUUAUGCGAAUCGAUACCCUGAUCAAGCUGGAUCCGGAAGAGCAAGGUGGCGGUGACGAUGGGCAUGGACAUUAA